AAUCUGAGUGUAAGAUUUUACUCUUUAUUUUGUCCUUGGCAUUUAUGAGCAUACCUUAAAGCCACAUUUAUCGAUUUGGCCUCUAACGCCCGAAUUUCAAGGUCAGCAUGGGGUUCACCUGCUCCCGCAUCCUUAUCUCGUCGGCUCUUUGUUCCGGUCCCUGAUCCCAGUUCCCAGUUGGCCUUGAGGCAACACUGACCUAGAAACUUUGGACCAACACACCCACACACGCCAGAUGAAGGGCCAGGACAGAGAUAAAGGUCACCGGAGCGCCGGCUGUUGGCUGUUGCACUUGUUGGGGCCUUUCAGCGCCACGCGAUGCCACACGACCGGCGCGUGCUCCAGUUUGAGUUGCGCCUUCAGCUAUAGUCUUUACGGGAUUCGGAGCUGCAGUCGCUCCGGCGGAGAACAAGUGGCUGGCGUUGGACAAACAGACGUCGACAGUUAGCCGCCCACGGCGCCGAUUAGGUGAUGUUGCGUUGAUACUUUCCAUAUCAGAUGCUAUUGAAAUCGAAAGGACAAACAGAGACUUGCUCAUUUGGCCGGGCAGUGCAACAGGGAUGGGCAGAGCACUCGGCUCUGCUCACUCCGACAUGGAAUGGCCUUGUUCAUUUGACAGUGAUCAGUACCUACCCCCAAACUGGGCGAACGUGGCCAGGGGGUGGUUGCUGCUGCAUCUUAUUGGACGACGGCUGUCGCCGGCGGCGGUAAAAAGGGGUUGAGCGGCGGCAGCGACGGCGGCGGCGAAGGGCAGGUCGUCCGCUGGACGUGUGCUGCAGAAUCAGUCGAACGCCGUUCGCGCACACGAUAAGUCACGUGCUCAAAACUAGCUCCGCUCUCCGGAUUUUCCUUCAUUCUGCAACUUCUUCUGCACCUUCCAACCAGCAACACAUCCGCGCAACACGCCAAGUGCGCAGAAGCACUACGGAGACAAAGACCGAAAAGCAAACAAACACUUUCAUAAUGGAUCACAACAUGCAACAUGCGCCGCUGCAUCACUGGGGCUAUGCUGCCGGACCCGCCAUGUCCAUGGCCGGUGGACCCGGAACACCGCAAAGCCAUUGGGUGCCGCCGCCGCAGAGCCAUCAGAGCCAUCACAGCAACCACAGUAGCCACAGUCUCAGCCACGGACACAACAGCCUCAAGAGGGCCCUCUCCGAAAGCGACUGUGACGAGCUGUACUCCGAGGAGUCUUCCAAAGAACAAAUCUCCCCAAGUGAACCCGGAAGCUGCCAACUAAUGAGCCGCAAGAAGCGACGUGGCGUCAUUGAGAAGAAGCGCCGGGAUCGCAUCAACUCUUCCCUAACCGAACUGAAGAGGCUGGUGCCCUCGGCUUAUGAGAAACAAGGAUCUGCCAAGCUGGAAAAGGCUGAGAUUCUACAGCUGACAGUGGAGCACCUCAAGAACCUCCAAUCGAAAACUCUUGAUUCGCUCAGCUACGAUCCGCAGCGCGUGGCCAUGGACUACCAUAGUAUUGGAUUCCGGGAGUGCGCCGCCGAGGUGGCCCGCUACCUGGUCACCAUCGAGGGCAUGGAAAUCCAGGAUCCGCUGCGCCUGCGCCUCAUGUCCCACCUGCAGUACUUUGUCCAGCAGCGCGAGCUGUCCGCCAAGACUUGCGGCAGUCCCGGAGGCUGGGCUCCGUCCACACCGAGCAGUGCCGGCUACCAGCCGAAUUGUGCCGCCACUCCGUACCAGAGCUAUCCCAGCAACCCGGGCUCCUACGUCUCGAGCUAUCCUACUCUGAGUGCAUCGCCUUCCCAUCAGCCGCCCAUGGCCGUGGGCAGGACCAGUGUGUCCAGGACAAGUGGAGCCGGUGUUGAAGCUAUAUCCAGUCAUGAUCUGCAUGUCGAGGCCAGCAGUCAGCAGCAACAGCAGCAACAGCAACAACAGCAACAGCAGCAACAGCAACAGCAGCAGCAACAACAGCAGCAACAGCAACAUUCUCGCACCCAAACCACACCUAUUCCUGCCCAGCAGCAGCACUACACCCAUGAUCAUAGUGCGGUGCAUCCGGAGCCCCAGCAACAGAUCCCAACCUACAUCGACCUGACCAACAGCCAUCGUCCAGCAGCCGUGGGAGCGGAUAGCCUCAGUUACAGCUCAGCCCCGCAGUAUCCUGUGAGUGGGGGCCAGGACUACAACAACUCGAGUGUCCUGCAAUAUGCCACGCCCAACGGAGCCAAGCCCUACCGACCCUGGGGCGCUGAGAUGGCCUACUAGUUGGCCAACUGAUGGAAAUGGAAACAGUGAUCUGGAUCUCAGUCUAAAAACGAUAACUCUACACUCUAGUCAUGCCCAGUGUGAUAGUUCUAAGUGGGAUUAGUGGGACAAACUAAGGGGGAUUAGCUAGUAUUUCCCAUUUAAUUUAAGUCUCUUGUUUGAGGAGAAGCAUUUGUGAGUCUAUUGUAAAUAAACACACUUGUUUGUAAUUAAAAAUCGUCCUUU